AUUACCAUCAGACAGGGGAACCAACCAGGCAAUCAAGACCAGCCCCUUGUGAGAUUAGUGACAUCGAAGUCCUGCCUUCACUUUCUAAUGAUUGUUUAAUGCUUGCGUCAAAUGAACAUGGAGACCAGUGCAGUUAUGAGGUGGAUUCCCCAAUUGCCCUUGCCAUCCAUGCGUCUCUCGAAGACUUUGAAGCACAGUUUGGAGGUGUUUGUGCUGGUGAUGAUGGAGAUGCUGGUGAUGAAGACUCCACCCUUCCUUGGAAUCAUUGUGACCUCAACAGUAUGCAGCAUUCUACAUUUAACGAUGAACCUGCAUCAUCAAACAGUCUUACAGCAUCACCAGAUCAGUCUGAAAAAGCAGUCCUGUAUGUGGAAUUAAGGCGAGUAAACAUAGUUCAUGAUGUCCUUAAUGUCUUCAUGGAUCCAAGAGUACUGAAUGUUAAUCUGAAAAAGGAGUUAAUAAAUGAGAAAGCUGUGGACAGCGAUGGUGUGUCAAGAGAGGUGUAUUCCGCCUUCUGGGAACACUUCUUGGAACAGUGUGAGGGGGAAGAAGAGAGAGUUCCCAGACUACGACCAGACUAUUCUGAGAAGGAAUGGAAAGCAGUUAGUAGAGUCUGGUUGAAAGGAUACUUGGACCACGGCAUCAUGCCUAUCACUGUCACCAGCUUUUGUUCUUGCCUGCUGCCAAGGAGUCAGCUCAGUGGAUGAAGAACUCUUGAUGACGUCCUUUGCCAGAUUCCUGUCAGUGACUGAGAGACUAUCCAUUGAAAAAGCAAUGCAGGGCAGCAUGGAUGAGAGUGAUGAGGAGGAAUUACUCGACCUCUUCUCACGAAUGGGCGCACACUGCCUGCCCUGUAAAGAGAACCUAAAGGCUACCAUUGUAACAAUGGCACACAAAGCUCUUCUUCAAGAGCCGAAAUUUAUAAUUGAUUGUUUUCUGUCCAGUAUUCACACUGCUUUGCCAACUCCCAUAACCAAAGGCCGCCUAAUGGAACUCUAUGAGUCUAAGAGACCAACCAACAGGAAAGUGGCACAGAUGAUUAAACCGUCAAAUGAAAGCUUAAGUACACAGGAGCAGGCAGCCCUCAACCACCUACUACGAUAUGUCAGAAGCAUUGACCAAAAGAAGCUAGACCUUUUUGCACUUCUGCACAGGGUCCACUGUGCUGUGAAAAGACAAAAUUGAAGUAACUUUUAAUAAAUUGUGUGGUUUAAGUCGCAGGCCUGUUGCACACACUUGUGGAGCAGUACUUGAAUUACCAUGCACCUACAGCACAUACCCCAAAUUCUGAACAGAAUUUGACUGUGUAUUGUCUGGUGAUUGUUUCACAAUGGAUAUUGUGUAGACUCUAAAAAGUGAACCUUAAAAAGAAGUUGAAACAUGAGAUAUCUGUUGACAAUCAAAUGUUUGUUGUUGGCUGUUGUAAUGGAUGUAAUAAAUGUGACACUUUUACUUAUUUGUUAUUAAGCAUCAAUGUUUGUUAUGUAAUGUACUGACACAUGAGUUUUUGCAGAUUUGCAUUUAGCAGUUAAAUACACUACACACUGAUGCUGUUCAUGAAUGUUUGGAAAGUGAUUAUUAAGAUACAUGUUUGUUAUGUUAUAUUUAUGUUAUGCCUUUUCAGGGAAGCUGUUAUUACUGUACAAUACUGCAGA